AUAUUGAGAUCCAUGGGUGUCCAUGGUACAUACACUUUUGAUGUUUGACGUUUCUGCCUCUUCUAUGACUCAUUAGAAUAAUUAUUGAUAUAGAAAAGAUUAUAAAUAUAUCGAAAUAUAUUAAUAUAAAAAUUUAAUUAAGGAAAUCAUGCUUGUGUUAGUAUUGGGUGACUUACACAUUCCACACAGAUGUAGCAGUCUUCCAAGUAAAUUCAAAAAAUUGCUAGUACCUGGUAGAAUACAGCAUAUUUUAUGCACUGGCAAUCUUUGUACAAAGGAAUCUUACGAUUAUCUCAAAACACUAGCCAGUGAUGUACAUGUAGUUAGAGGAGAUUUUGAUGAGAAUCUAAAUUAUCCAGAACAGAAAGUAGUUACUGUAGGCCAGUUCAGAAUUGGGCUUUCUCAUGGGCAUCAAGUGGUACCAUGGGGUGAUCCUGAAUCUUUAGCACUAAUACAAAGGCAGUUGGACGUUGAUAUUCUAAUAUCUGGUCAUACCCAUAAAUUUGAAGCAUAUGAACAUGAAAAUAAAUUUUACAUCAACCCUGGAUCGGCUACUGGAGCUUAUAAUCCCUUGGACACAUCAGUCAUACCUUCAUUUGUGUUGAUGGACAUCCAGAGUUCAACAGUGGUCACUUAUGUGUAUCAAUUGGUUGGAGACGAAGUUAAAGUGGAGAGAAUUGAAUAUAAAAAAAGUUAAGACUCAAAAUAAAAUAUUCAGCAUGUGUCAAUCAUUGCGAUUUAUACUCAAAAUUCAAACGAACAUCGCAUACAAACAUGUAACAUUUGCUUGCAAUUCAUUUCGAGGUAUUUAAUUAAUUAAUUAAAUAAGGUUUAAACAUAAUUACAGAAUCGUAUAUUUGUUGUAAAUAAAAUAAUAUGGAUUAUAUAUUAUGUAAAAAUAGAUUUUUUCUUGAAUAUAAAAUGAAUUAGUAGAUGAAA